CUCCUUGAGAAAACAUUUCCCGCCACCCUCAAACCCAAAAAAAGAAAAUUGAAAGAAGAAUAAUCGAUCCCUAAUUUGCUAAUUUGCUUGCUUACCCACCACUCGAUGCGAACAACAAAAUGUCGACCUGGAAGAUAUUUUCCGACGCCGGAACCAAUUUCCGGUGGCAAAUCUCUAAAGACGCCGCUUCCAAUGUUCCGCCCCCUCUUCUCUCUCCCUCCACCUCUCCUCUCCCUUCCAUGUCCGAUCUUCUCCUCCAACCUUCAACUCUGCAACUUUUCACCCAUCAAGGUGAACAAGAGCUUGGAAUAGGUGAUAAUAGUAGUAGUUGCGGAUUCGGUAAUUCGCUUUUUAAGACCGGCUCCGGGAAAAGAGUUACCAUAUCUUCUACUGGUUUGGUUCGAGCAAAGACGUUACUCGGCUUGAAAGAAGACGCGGUUGGCAGUACUGUCCUGAGCCCUCAGCAUCGAAUUGGCGAAGCACAUGACGGGAAACAACAAUUGCCGCGGCCUAAUUUGCCGCAGCCGCUACAUGGAGUUAAGGAGAGUUGUAAGAUUAUGAGUGCUGUGCCAUUUCAAAGUCCUUUAGUUAGUGGUAGAGGUAGUAGCACUUUAGAGAAUGGUUUUGAGCCAGAUACAUGUGGUGCAGCGGUUAAGCCAGCUCCGAUUAAGUUCCAAACUGCAGGCGGACGGUCUUUAUCUAUUUCUAAUGAUGCCCUGCGACGUGCUAGGAGCCUUCUUGGUGAUCCGGACCUGGGGGAUUUUUUUGAUGGAGGGGAUGUUGGUGGUUCGAUUUUCUCGUUUCCGGAUACGAGACAGACUAAUGCGGCUUCACCUUGUGAAAGGAGUGCGUUUAGUACUCCUUUGAUCCAUCAUGUAACGUCAGGGAACAAUGAUAAGAUGAAAAGUUUCACAUACCCUUUGCAGUCUUCUAGACAACAAACGGAAUUCUCAACCAAGUUUCUUUGUGAAGGUAAUGGGGAUAACUUAAUCAUGAAAUUUGAUGCUGUUGGGAACGAAAAUGUUUCUAGCCGGAAAAGUAGCAAUGUUUGUGGUCAGAAACCCUUACAUGACAGGAAUGAAAGGGCUGACCAAGCAGCAUACCAUUCUUCAUUGACUGGUUUUUCUUCAAAAAUCGAUUCAUGUGGAGUACCAGUAGGAGGAAGGCCAUUGGUUGAUAUUUCCAACACUAUUAACACAGCUCAUCCAAACAAUAGGCUGCCUGCAAGUGGAAAAAGGAGAUUAGGAUUACGUGUAAUUGCUUCUCCCUUCAAAAAGCCUCGUAAUUCUCAAGUCUUUGCUGACCAAGAAGUUGAAAAUUUUCCUAAUGCCUCAGGUGCUUCUGAAUGCAAAAAAAAGGUUUCUACCCGAUAUCCAUUUCAGUAUCCGAGGAUGCACAUCAAGGAUUAUUUUGCAGUGCCUCCAUUACAGCAGGAAGUGCAUUUUCCCAAUCCAGUUGGACAGGUGACAUCAGGUAAUGCAGAAAAGUACAUGUUCUGUGAUGGGUCUGGUAACAAUGGUAUGGGAGCGGAAGCCUUUGUCAAUCUAUUGGCUCAACAUGGAACUUCACUGCAUUUUGCUUCUAAAGAGUGGGUCUUGAAUCAUUACAAGUGGAUUGUCUGGAAACUGGCAUGCUAUGAGAGAUGCAAUCCGGCUAAACAUGCUGGGAAAUUUUUGACCGUAUCAAAUGUGCUUGAGGAACUUAAGUACAGAUAUGAAAGAGAAGUGAAUCAUGGCCACCGAUCUACCAUCAAGAAAAUUCUUGAAGGGGAUGCAUUGCCUUCUGCAAUGAUGAUUCUCUGCAUUUCUAGAAUUCACUCUGAUCAUGUGCCGGAAAGUGGGUCUUUAUUUGAGACAAGAACUGGGGAUCAGAGGAAAGAGACAGUAGAAAUUGAACUUACUGAUGGAUGGUAUUCAAUAAAUGCCAUUUUAGACAUUCCAUUGUCAAAACAACGAGCUGCUGGAAGAUUGUUUGUAGGGCAGAAGCUUCGGAUAUGGGGAGCAGGAUUAUGUGGUUGGAAUGAGCCAGUUUCACCCCUUGAGGUAUCAUCAACAGUUAGGUUAUCGCUACACAUAAAUGGAACAUAUAGAGCUCAUUGGGCAGAACGGUUAGGGUUUUGUAAGGUUGCUGGUCCGCCUUUGGCUUUCAGAUGCAUAAAAAGCAAUGGUGGUCUAAUACCUCAAACUUUGGCUGGAAUUACCCGCAUAUAUCCUAUUCUUUACAAGGAAAGGUUAAGUAGUGGGCGGUCUGUUGUCAUAUCAGAGAGGAUGGAGAAUAAAAUGAUGGAGCUGUACAAUCAGAGGCGCUCUGCUGUCAUAGAUAGCAUAGUUUCGGAGCAUCAGAAGGAAAGAAGAGGUUCACAUAUUUAUGAUGACAGUGAAAGUGAAGGGGCUAAGAUUUAUAAAAUGCUGGAGACAGCUGAAGAACCAGAAUUCCUAAUGGCAGAUAUGAGUCCAGAGCAGCUUAGUUCUUUUUCUGCUUAUAAGGCCAAAUUAAAUGCAAUCAGACAGUCAAAAAUGGAAAACUCAAUUGAGAAAUCUUUGCAAGAUGCUGGCUUGAGACAUAGAGAAGUCACACAAUUUAUGAGGUUGCGGAUAGUUGGAUUAACUUAUAAAAAUGGACAAGAUAAGCCUAAAGAAGGUAUAGUAACAAUCUGGAACCCAACAGAGAAGCAGCGUCAGGAACUGAUAGAGGGAGAAGCAUAUGUAAUUUCAGGACUCAUACCAUCAGGUUCUGAUUUGGAUAACCUUCAAUUGCAGACUAAAGGAUCUUCUACCAAGUGGUUGCCUUUAUCUUCUAAUUCAAGGGAACAGUUUAAGCCAUUUUUCAGUAAUCGACAAUCAAUCCCAUUGUCAAGUUUGACUGACAUCCCUCUUUCUAAUGAGUUCGACGUUGCUGCGUAUGUUGUGCAUGUGGGAGAGGUUUAUCAAUCAAGUCAGCAAAAGAAGCAAUGGAUUUUUGUGUCUGAUGGAUCCAUGUAUGGUUUGCAAUCAGAAAAGUUAACCAACACUUUGCUUGCCAUCUGCUUUUGCUCUCCAUUGAUUGAUCAUGAUUCAUUUCCACCAAUCAACUAUAACCUUGCUGGAUCCACGGUUGGUUUCUGUAAUCUUAUUAAAAAGGAAAAGGACCACACGAACCAUGUCUGGGUUGCUGAUGCUACUGAAAGCUCGACCUAUUAUUUGAAUUUUGAUUCCCCUUACUGUUCUCACCUCAGAAACGCUGCCAGCUCCGUCAGAGCAUGGGCAAGCAAUUCUAGCUUGACAAUAGAGAAACUCAAGGAAAAGGUGUUGCUUAUGAUUGGUGAUAGUAGAACCUGAAACUUAAAAAGUUGACCGAAAGAUAUUUCCUAUGAAUGUUUUGCUCUAUUUUGUAACUAGCUUAGCCACCGCUGCGAUUCACAGCCCUUGUAAAUUUCUAAUUUUGAAACAAAAUUUCAAUAAUAAUAAAAGAGGAAGAGGAGCGUUAGCAAAUA